UGCACUGAAAGCUCAAUAGCAGUCCGUUAUGAGGAGCAGUUCAUCCGUGUCUUUGGCGGGCGGUCGUGGUUCGGGCUCGGUUUGGCUCAGCAGCCCAUCCGCGUGUCCGUUAACAGCUCCGGUGGACGCUGCCGUUGAAUAUUUAAUGGUAAAGAAAGACUUUCAAGCUGCGCUGGAUAUGUGCGAGAAAGGACUUGAGAGUUUAGGCUCUUUUGCAGAGCAGGAGGACAGCUGCUUCAAGUAUGCUGAACUGAAAGCAGCUUUGACUAUAGUGGGGAUUCAGGCAAUGGCUGAGCUCAAUCAGUGGCCUGGAGUUCUGUCAUGGGUUUUGCAGCAGUAUGGAGAAACAGAGAAAAUUCCUUUCAAGAUUAUCCAAAUGUGCAUUCUGCUCUGUGAAAGUGGUGGUGAUGAAAGUGCUGUGAUGGAGGCAGUCUGUGAUUGGCUGCAAUGCUCUGGUAACAUGAGCACUGUGGCAGAGCUGUAUCUCCUCCACAUUCUGGUGCCGAUGGGUCUCACGGCUGAAGCUCUGGAGAUGCUGGAGACUGAUGUGUGUCGGGUGGCAUUCACUGAAGAACAGAGACAAGCCGCUCGGAGUUUGGUAGACAUUCAGAAUGAGAAAAAUGCAACAUCGUCCACUACAAAUCCUGAAUCUGUAGCUGUGGCGCCAACAACUAAUGCUUCAAAACAAGAUAAACUGACUCGGCGGCUGACUUCCAUAAUGAGGUUGUUAUGCCGAGGUCUCUCAGUAGCCAGUGUGAGAAUCAGAUCCAUCUCUGUGCGCAAAGUUUUUCUGGCUUUAAUAUUGCUGUAUCUUCUUGUCCGUAUUGACCCGGCUCUGCCCUCAGCUUUCCCGUGGCUGCUCCGCCUGCAUGGACUCCUUCAGCAGACGUGGAACACCAUGUUUGGACCUUAUUACAGAGCCAACACCCGGAGUUAGAGUUUUAAUGGUGUUAUCCUGGAACAAACUGUGAAACAAUGUUGCCAUCCCAAAUUUAUAAUACUUAAUACAUCCUGUGUUUGCCAUGAGCAUCACUUAUUGGUGCACUUACUUACAUUAUAGAUAAAUAAAUCAUUGAAUUAUAUCAAACUACUGAUAACCUAUUUAAAAUGGAUGGUAUCCUGGAGAGAAAUAUUUCAUGCAGAUCAAAUGUAAUUUUAUUAUAUAAUAAAAUGUGUAAAUAUGUUUUUGAAUGUAUGAGUUCAUGUGGAUCUGGGCUUGUGCUGCAGACACAGUAUGUAACUUAUAUUAACAACUGUUUAUUGUACUUCACAUUGAAUGGUCAUGGUUAAGACUUGUACUAAGUUUUAUUAAUAUGUACUUUUCAAAUGCACUUUUAUUAAAUUAUUAAGAAUAUACAGACUAAAAGGUCAGAGGUUUAUA